CUCCCGCGAGGUAGAGGGCGUCUCCUCGUCGCUUUCGGCGGCGUGCUUGGCAUGAAGGCGCUCCAUUCAUUCCGAGACAGCCAGCGCGGGCGGCAGCGGCGGAGGGGAAAGGCGCGAGAAGGAGGCAGCUAGCAGCUGGCCAGCUCCGAUCGCCGGUCCCUGGUCAGCUCCCUGGCCAUUUAAGCCGCCGGAGCUGCGAUUGAAGGAGGAAAGGGGGAGGGGGAAGGAGACCCCGGACUUCUCCAGCCAUAAAGGAAGAGGAGGAGCGAGGAGGGGGGAGCAGCGAGGAGGGUGGGGGGAAAGAGGAGAUGGGUCUCCCCCAGCGAGACAGGAAGGCUGCGCUGCGGAUCUGACGGUGCCGCAGCUCCGAGAAGGCUCGCCAUUGUCACCCCAGUUUGGAGAGGCGAGCCCACAGGCGCGCGCGCGCACAUACACACACACACCUUCCGGCUGCCUCUGUGUCUCUGUCUGCAGGCGCUUCGUCUCUUUCCUGGGCUCUCCCGGGGCUCUGCCUUGCUGCCGGAGCUCCACAUCCAGGCGGCGUGGCGGCUCUGCUUCGGGGUCCUUCUCCCCCCGCGCCUCUCCUUUCCAAUGGUCAGGGGUCAUCUCGCCCAGGGACGGAGCAGCAGCGGCGCCCCGAUGAGCUGCCUCUCCCGGCUGUGGCUCUUUGUUUUGCUCCUCAAGAAUGCGGCGCCUUUCCACGUGGCAGUGCGAGACGACAACUGCAUCGCCGUUUCCCUCGAAGCAGCGGACGUGGUGAGCUCGUACUCGGUGUACGUUGUCAAAAUCACCGGCGAAUCUAAGAACUAUUUUUUCCAGUUUGACGAAUUCAACAGCACUUUACCUGCUCCUGUGGUUUUCAAUGCCUCGUACCAUGGCCUUUAUUACAUAGUGACUCUGGUUGUGGUGAGCGCAAACAUGGUUUCCAAGCCAGCGAGAUCAAUCACGGUGUUAACCAAACCUCUACCUGUAACCAGUGUUUCCAUCUAUGACUAUAAACCAUCACCAGAAACUGGGGUGCUGUUUGAGAUCCAGUAUCCAGAGAAGUACAAUGUUUUCACCCGUGUGAAUAUAAGCUACUGGGAAGGGAAAGACUAUCGGACCAUGUUAUAUAAAGAUUUCUUUAAAGGCAAAACCGUUUUCAACCACUGGCUGCCGGGAAUAUGUUACAGCAACAUCACGUUUCAGCUGGUGUCUGAAGCGACGUUCAGCAAAAGCACACUGGUGGAAUACAGCGGGGUGAAACACGAAGCAAAACAACACCGAACAGUUCCCUACCCUCCUCGAAACAUUUCUGUGCGUAUCAUACAUAUGAACUUCAGUGAGAACUGGGAGGAGCAGAGUGGAAGUUUCCCCGAAGAGCCGUUCUUGGGGACGCAGAAGACAAUGCGACAGGACAAAGCCACCCAGAUUCUGGAUGAUCUCCCUGAGCUCCCAACUGCGAACACUUCCUAUACGUGGCCCGAUUACCGCUACAAUAGCAGCGACUAUGAAACCACGUCUCAGCCCGACUGGUGGAUUAACGAGCCCGACUCCCCAGAGAAUGAAGACGAGUUUGUCAACGCGAUCCCAAGAGAUUAUGAGAGCGUCAACCCCACCGAGGAGUUUGGGGGCCCUACGCCGGAGCCGUCCUCGUUCCUCCCAGUGAAAAUGGUGCUGAGUUGGCUGCCUCCCAAACCGCCCACGGCGUUUGAUGGCUUCCAUAUUAACAUUGAGAGAGAAGAGAACUUCACAGAAUUCCUUACCGUUGGUGAGGACAUUCACGAAUUUGCCACGGAUCUGAAAGAACCAGGGAAAUACACAAUUUCUGUUACAACAUUCAGCUCUUCUGGUUCAUGUGAAGUUCGGGAAAGCCAAUCUGCCAAAACACUCAGUUUUUAUAUUAGUCCCACAGGGGAAUUGAUAGAAGAGCUCACUGAGAAACCUCAGAAUGUCAUAGCGACAGUGCUGACCUCUACCACGGCCUCGUUGUCCUGGACCACUUCACAGGAGACCACCAGCACUAGCACCAUCAUAUCUGUCGUGUCCUUGACAUGCCAGAAACAGAAGGAAAGUCAAAGGCUUGAAAAGCAUUAUUGCUCAGAGGUGAAUACAAGCAGCAGCUUUAUCGAAAACCUGGUUCCUGGCGCUCAGUACCAAGUUGUGAUUUACUUACAGAAGGGACCGCUGGUUGGGCCUCCUUCCAAUCCUGUGACAUUUGCCAUUGUGCCAACUGGGAUAAGGGAUUUAACACUUUACCCUUUGGGCCCUACUGCUGUGGUCCUCAGCUGGAACAGGCCUCUUCUGGGUGUUUUCCGGAAAUAUAUUGUAGAAAUGUUUUAUUUCAACCCGUCAACAAUGACCUCGGAGUGGACAACAUACUACGAAAUAGCAGCAACUGUCUCCUUAACGUCAUCAGUGAGAAUAGGAAACCUUCUGCCUGCCUGGUAUUACAACUUUCGGGUCACCAUGGUGACAUGGGGGGUCCCAGAACUGAGCUGUUGUGACAGUUCCACCAUCAGCUUCAUAACAGCUCCAGUAUCUCCUGAAAUCACUUCAGUUGAAUAUUUCAAUAACCUUCUCUAUGUCAGCUGGAUCUAUGGGGAUGACAACACAGACCUUUCCCAUUCUCGAAUGUUGCACUGGAUGGUCAUUGCAGAAGGAAAGAAAAAGAUAAAAAAGAGUGUGACGCGAAACUUCAUGAGCGCCGUGCUCAACCUGCCACCCGGGGACAUCUACAAUCUCUCGGUCACUGCUUGCACCGAAACAGGAAGCAACACAUCUGCGCUUCAGCUUGUGAAAGUUGACCCAGCUCCUCCGAGGUCACUUUUCGCUGUGAAUAAGACCCAGACGUCUGUGACUCUCCUGUGGGUGGAAGAGGGAGUUGCUGAUUUCUUUGAAGUCUUCUGCCAGCAGGCUGGUUUGAGCCAAGACACAAAGAUCCAGGAGCCUGUGACGGUCUCUUCGCACGUAGUGACCAUCUCCAGCCUCCUGCCUGCCACGUCCUACAACUGCAGUGUGACCACCUUCAGCCACAACAGCCCCAGCAUCCCCACCUUCAUUGCUGUCUCCACAAUGGUUACAGAGAUGAAUCCCAACGUGGUGGUCAUCUCUGUCCUAGCCAUCUUGAGCAUCCUUUUGAUAGGCCUGCUGCUGGUCACUCUUGUGGUCCUUCGGAGAAAACACCUGCAAAUGGCCAGGGAAUGUGGAGCUGGAACCUUUGUGAACUUUGCUUCAUUGGAGAGAGAUGGAAAACUGCCAUAUAACUGGCGUAGGAGUGUCUUUGCUUUCCUAACUCUGUUGCCUUCCUGCCUAUGGACUGAUUAUCUCUUGGCGUUUUAUAUUAACCCUUGGAGUAAAAAUGGACUGAAGAAGAGGAAGCUGACCAACCCCGUCCAGCUGGAUGAUUUUGACAGCUACAUCAAAGAUAUGGCGAAAGAUUCCGAUUACAAAUUCUCUCUGCAGUUUGAGGAACUGAAGCUGAUUGGGCUGGAUAUCCCACACUUUGCAGCUGACCUCCCCAUGAACCGCAGUAAAAACCGCUACACGAAUAUCCUCCCUUAUGAUUUCAGCCGAGUUCGAUUGGCCUCAAUGAAUGAAGAAGAAGGUUCAGAUUACAUCAAUGCCAACUAUAUCCCUGGUUACAACUCUCCCCAAGAGUACAUCGCCACCCAGGGGCCACUGCCAGAGACGAGGAACGACUUCUGGAAGAUGGUUCUCCAGCAGAAGUCGCAAAUCAUCGUCAUGCUCACGCAAUGCAAUGAGAAAAGAAGGGUGAAAUGUGAUCACUACUGGCCUUUCACGGAAGAGUUGGUUCCUUAUGGGGACAUCACAGUGGAGAUGCUGUCUGAAGAAGAGCAAUCGGAUUGGGUCUUUAGGAAUUUCAGAAUCAACUAUGCUGAUGAGGUGCAGGAUGUGAUGCAUUUUAAUUACACGGCUUGGCCUGACCACGGAGUCCCUCCCACAAACGCAGCAGAAAGCAUCUUGCAGUUUGUACAGAUGGUCAGGCAACAGGCAGCAAAAAGCAAAGGCCCCAUGAUCAUACAUUGCAGUGCCGGCGUGGGACGGACGGGGACUUUUAUAGCAUUGGACCGACUCUUACAGCACAUUCGGGACCACGAGUUUGUAGAUAUAUUGGGGCUGGUGUCCGACAUGCGGUCCUAUCGGAUGUCUAUGGUACAGACAGAGGAACAAUACAUUUUUAUUCACCAGUGUGUGCAAUUAAUGUGGCUAAAGAAAAAGAAGCAGUUCUGCAUCAGCGACGUUAUAUAUGAGAAUGUCAGCAAGUCAUAAUUCCAGGCCAGGCGGUUAGAACAUGAAAGACAUCCAUCUUCCCUUGCUUCAGAUUUUAAUUCUCUCUGGGGUUUUUUGUUUUGUUUACUGUUCUGUUGAUUUGCCAUGGACGACAGUACCCAUGGACAAGUGAAAAAAAGAAAGACGAGAUUUCACAUCCAGGAGCUCUGGGGAGACAUAGCCUUAAGGAACCUGCAGUGUCUUGUAUGGACUAUUUUGUUUCUGUACCUUUUUUUAGACGUUUAUAACACUGGACCAAAUCCAACUCUGUGCUUCAGAAAGGUUUUCUGUCUUUCUCUUCUUACAAACCCUCUCUUUAUUUAUUUUGUAAACACGCAGGUUGGGCUUGAAGGUUAAGGAAAGUGCAAUAUUCGAGGCUCAAUCCAAACGACAGUGAGCUUUCAAAGUGUGACUCUGGCGAGGUCUGUCAAAGGCAGGGCUAGGGUAUUGAAUGAUACCUCAUUGGCAUGGAGCAAGGGACAGGAAGACUGUGGAUCUCGGGGGAAGAUCUUGGGAUACUGCUGUCUAUGCUCAAGAGGAACCUCCAAGUUGAGCCGUCCUCAUAAAACAAACUGGCUCAAAGCUAGGUGCAAAGAAAACUUCACUUCACAGCCAACGUUUUAAAGAUUGACUGAGACGACAGAACAGAGAUCAAUGGUGAAAUUUCACAGCGCUUUGAGAAGCUCUGGAGAUCCGUGCAUCUCAGCAGAAAUGUCUUCUAGCCUGUUCAACCAGCCUGUGUUAUGGAUAGAGGGGAAAUGAACCCUGUGCGCCUGGAUCCGGGGUGGAACUGUGAAUGGACACAAAACAACCACUUUGGGUGAUGAGUCUGGUCCAAAUGUCAUCACUAUCCCCAUUUAGUAGGAGCCUUUGCUGCCUGUUCCUUCUCCGUUGGCUUGGUUUUGUUUGUUUUCUGUGUAGUCGCCCUGUGCAAAAAAAAGCCACAACGAAACAAAAACAACACAAAACUAGGAAGUUUGUUGAUGUUGUGGGAAGGGAAGUAAAGUGCAGUGGUAAACACACGUCGCUGGUGUCCAAUGGCCUGAGAAAGGUGCAGAAGUGAGGAUUUAUCUUAGCAUACUAGGCGCAUGUGCUGCCCAUGUAUGCUGCUCAUCAGCUGCAAGCCAUUUAUUCUGGAAUCAGUAGUGCAACUUUUGGUAACCUGGUGUUUUGGACUACGUUUCCCAUCAGCCCCAAGGCUGGGCUGGCUGAGGCUGAUGGGGGACGUAGCGCAAAACACUCGUAGAGCAACCAACUGAGUUAGGAUAACACAGCAUUUCUUUUUUUCUUUGGGUUAUCGUACUGAUUAGGUGAGUCACACGUUGUGACAGAGAUGCUGUCAGGAUAUUGGGGGUAUUUUCUCGUUUGUGCCCCUUUUUAUUUGACUUCUGUUUGACAGAAAGCUUCUGAAGGGAUUGGCUCUGGAACUACUGGAAGCAAAAUAUAAUACCCAGGAGGUGGGCCGAGUUGGAAGAAAGAACAAAAAACGCUGGAUCUAUGCUCCCGUUUGCAAAAACAGGGCAGUUUCAAGGAGUAUGGCAGUGUGGUGCAGUGGUUAGUGCGCUGGAUCAGGAUUGUGAGGAUAGCAUGUGUGUCUGUGUGCCAGGGGGUGAAUCCCACCUAGGCCAGGUUGAGCUCUUUGGAACAUGGGUGAGAUAGGAAUGGAUUCCCUUAAUGUGAAUAUCUGGAGCUUUCCCCACCUUAAAGGUGUUCAAGGGGAAGGACCAACCAGAAGAUUGUAGGCAGCCUUUCACCUUGAAUGAAUGGUGUGAAAACAUGAAAGCUGGGGUGGGAUUUGUGGCUGCCAUGGACUGUCCAGUGCCAAUGUACCUACCAACCAGGAUGCCAAGGAAAGCCCUGAGGUUACAAGUUGGGAAGAAAUGUUGUAAGUUGAGGAUUUGGGGUGGAGGGAGUCAAUGAGUGGUGGGGCACCUGCUUGGCAUGCAGAAUGUCCCAGGCUGGCUCCCCAGCAUCUCCAGGUACGAGUGGCAUUGUCCCCUACCUGAAAAUCUGGAGAGGUGCUGCCAGUCAGUGUAGUCGGUACUCAGCUGGACCAAUGUACAUGGUAUGGGGCAGCUUCCAACGUUCCUAACGUUGGGUAUGGGGGGCAUUCAGCCACCAGCCAGGUCUCCAUGGUGGAGGCUGCCUGAGGCUGAGCAACAGAGAACCAAUAUGGUGUGAUGGGCAAGUGUCCCAAAUGUAGAUAAGGCUUAUGUCCCCAAUUCCCUGCUCAGACAGAAGCUAUUAAAUGGUGUAAGAGCUAAUGAAACAGUUUGAGAAUGGGUGGGUGUUUAUUUUUGCUGGGUGACUGCAAGAGAAAUCACAGUUACAGAACUUGUGGUAGCUGCCCGCAUCUGAAGCUUAAUUCCCAUUGCCUGCCAAAUUAACAAAUACAUUUUAAAGCCUUUCCCCAAAUCCAGAUUUUAUUUUAUUUUUUAUUACAAGUGAAGGGUGAACAGAGCACUGCCUUGCUACCCCCAGUCCCUGCAAUAGAUUUGUGGCAGGCAGUGGGCCAAAUCUUUUGAGUGCUUGUCUUGGAAGUGCCCUUAAACUCUGCGGCAACCCCACAAGCUCAGCUCUGAUCCAACCCCAUCCACCUCCCUCCAUGGAGCUCUUCUAGCCAAGCCCAUAUGCUUUUCCAGAAUUUGUGGGCGCUCCUACAGAUUUUUUUCUCUUGACUGACCAGCUUUCACAAGGACAGAGCAUGGGAUGUCACAGAAGUACGCCAGAGGCCAGCUGAUCUCAAAAGACUUAUUCCUCCUAGAUUUUUGGACUAUUUACUUACGUGCUGAUGAUCUAGCUCAGGAGAGCUGUGUGCUUGCAAGUAGGUUUCUAGGUGCUUAUUAGGAAACCCAGGUGCCAAUCAGAUGUCUGGUAACAUUUCAGAUACGGUUUGCCACAACUCCCAUCAUACCUGACUGUUGGUCCUGCUGACUGUGGCUAAGUGUAGCCGGAGUCUGACAAUAUCUGAAGAGCCACAGGUUAGCCACCCUUGAACUAGGUCUUGCUUCUUAUGGGAUGUGUAUUAAAAAACCCCACCCAUGUCAUCACAGUCAGGCUUGCAUGUCUUUGAAAAGCAUGACUUGGAUGAGGGUGCUGUCCUUUAAUCUGCUCAGUUAAAUAAGCAGACUAGUAGUGUGAUCCUGUACAUGUACAGGCUUAGGAUCAGGGCAAAAGGGCUCAUCCUCACAUCUGCUCGCCAUGUGCCUAGAAAGCAUGGGGCUAGUGGGUCUGAGUGGUUUCCCCCCUGCUCUUCUUCUUUCCCAGGGAAAACCCACUCUUUUGCUCUAAAGCAGAAAAUAAAUGGCCAUUGGCAAAAGAAGCAGCAGCCUGAUUGCCGUUUACUCCAUUUGAACGCUAAAGAGCGGUUUUCCCCAGGCGAAAGCAGCAGGACAAGAGGGAGUGUGGAUAAAGGCUAAGUCUUCAGGGUACAGGGUCUUUUUGACUUCAAAAUGACCUUGCGCCACCAAGAUGGCCAAAAACCUACCAACUGUAUUUCUGCAGAGCCAUACGACAACGUAAGCACCUCCUUGCACGCCUCUAAAGAAGCAAUUUUCACGGGUGUUCGCAACAUGAGAAACUUCCUCUGAAGCAAGUCCAGGUUUCGGUAUCAAAUGCUCUGCGGAAGCAGAUCACACAGCACAGGCAAGUGUGACACAAUGUUUUGCAAAGUUGCAUUUUUGGGGGUACCAAAGGAAAGAGAGAACAAACCUCAGGCCAUGUUAGCUUGCGUUUUGACCACACAUACAAAAAGAUGGAGGGUGGGGUGGAGCAGGCAUUUUUGUAGUUGAUGAUACGUGCACUGAAGACGAGCUAUGAAUGUGCCAUGCUCUCAUUGCAUACCAGCAGUCCCAGAGACCAGCAGUCCAUCUGUCCUGGACUCGAGGACAGUGAUUUCUGUGUGCUUGACCAAAUUGUGCACCUCUUUCCUGCCCGCUGUCCCACUUUUUGGGGGUGCACACUUCCAAAAUGAGAUAAAAGCUAGCAAGCUGCCAGAGUUCAGACUCAAAACCAACCAUUAGCAUCGAUUCAGGAUUUUGAUCAGCAAGUUAUUAACACAAACUAUGUGUGCGAACUGUGUGCGAACUCUCACAAUGCGUAAGGGGGAUCAGUGUUCAAUUUUUACAUAAAGAGGUGAUGGGGUUUCGAACCUGCAGGUAAUUCAUGUUCUCUGAGCUGGAUGUUCUUUGCUCAGAAACACCAGAAGCUGGUGUUUAGAAAGGGGAGUGCGCUUUGCACAUGCUCAGGAGGUGCAUUAGGAGCUCCUGGCUGAAUCAUGAAAUCAAAAACCUGGUUGUCAGGAAAGUCUGGGUGUGCAUGGUUACAGAUUCUUACUGCUUUGCUCAAAGCAUCUGGAUUUGGGGGGUUUAAAAAAUGAUACUGGUGCUUGUAUCUUGGUAAAAGUGCCAUGGGUACCAUCACAAAAAAACACUGGGUGCAGAGAAACCAAACAUUAUUGUGGCCUAGGGACCAACCUCAUAGAUCAUCACAGUUAUGCAGGCUUGUCACACCAGAUGGCCACAGAAACAUGGUUUUGUGUUGCUUUGCAAUCCUAUGGAAGAGCAUGGGGCGACACCUCAAACAAUUGUCUUGAUUUCUUUCGGUUGGGACUGUUCUGAGUUUUGCAGCAAUGUGUGUAUUAGAAAAGUAUUUCUGUGUUAGGCUUAGCUUCUUCGAGGUUGUAGAGUUAUAGAAUCUGAACAUGGGGGCCAGAGCUGUAUGAACAUGAACGGCACAAAUAACACUGAUCGACGGAAAAACACCACCUA